AUGGAUGCAGAGGCGUUGAUCAAAACCCUACGGGCGUACGACCCGUCUUUCGACGCAGCGGCGGUGAGGGCAGUUCUCGGGGACCCAAAGUCGUCCGAGCUUAGACGCUGGGCGGCUGUUCACCUCACCCCGGACACGCUGCUCACGGUGGACGAGCUGAGCCAAUAUGCUGUCCUCGAGGAGUCAGGUCGGGCCGAGAAGCUCGCCAUGUCGUCCGACCUCACCACAGCUCGUGUUUUGAGCGACCAUGAGAUCAAGGACGCCAUCGACGAACUCAACCGUUCCACGCAGGCCAUCAGGCGACAUACCGAGACGCUCAAGCAGCAGCAACAGGCUCUUGGCCGUCUUGUGAACGCCAACCGCCAGGGCGCCGAGGAGAGGCUGGCUCUGGAAGAAGGGCAGACUCGUAAAUGGGAGGCCCAGUGUAAGGAUCUUGCAUUCAGGGCAGACGACUUGACAGAAUCCCUGCACUCCCGUGUCCAUGAAUUGGAGCAGCGGAGCACCGAGGCUGGUCCGGCAACCCAACAGCUGGUGGACUCCUUGUUGUGCUCAGACGACAAGCUCCUAUCCAGUCUCCAAAAGCUGGGAUGGGAGCUGCAAACAGAAGACACCGAAGAACAAGAGGAUGUUGCCGCGCUGCGCGAGGCGUGUGCCAGGUUGAUAAAGUUCACGGUGGAGGGAAUCCGCACGAAACUAGACCGCAUCUAUCUGGAGUCCAUCGAGCAGUCCGUCCAGUCAAGGCCGAGCAACCGAGUCUCGGCCGACGAGGUGUCUGCGCUGCAACAGGAACUUGAAUCCCUCUACGCCGAGAUCCUCCCGGUCGCACAGAUGUCUACCGAACAGCAGUUCCUGGAGCCGGCGCUGCAGAGCCUUGCCGCAAAGAACGGCCAGGGCCUGGCCAGGUCUGCUCAAGCGACCAGCUAUAUUCACGAGUGCCUCGACUAUCUCCUUGAUCGCGCACGAGAUCUGAUGACUCGGCUGGAGGUUUUCCAGGAGUAUCAACGUGCGGUCGGUGCUGUCGUCGACAUUGCCAAGCAAGAACUGCUUCCGGACGCUGCCGCCGCAUCCCCCACAAAGCAAAAGAGCCUCAAGGACCAGGAGCCGGUUUCUCCUAUUCGCCCUCGGCCAAAGCAGCGACCGAGGCACUCGUCCGGGGCUCCUGAACUUGGGGCCGAACCACCACUGGAGGAGAUUCUACGCGCAGUUGCCGUCAGUCUUCCACACGAUGAAGAGGCGCCUCCUGAUGUGCGAGCACAAGUGAAUGAGCUGGUAUCGACACUCCACAGCCGUCAGGCAAAGGUACAAGACAUUGCGCGUAAUGUCCAGGAGACAUUCGAGAGCGCAGCAGCAAGGCAAAUCGCCGACGGGAAACUGGCAAUUCAGUUGGUCCGCGACUCCAUCCUGGCCGAGAGCCCGUUUGGCGAGGUUCGACUCGUGGAUCCGGAGAUCGAAGGGUCACUCACCGUGCUCUCCCAGGAGCUGGCGAAUAUUGACGACAAGCUGAAAGAGACUGACACCAGUGUUGCGAAAUUGCGAGGCAGGAAUGCAAAGAGAGACGAACUCAUUAGCCGCUGGGGUUCAUGA